AUGAAGCGUAUGGCCGACACCAUCAAUGGAAGAGACUCAAAGCAAAGUGCCUCUAGCAACAGCCACAGCGAUAAUCCACGAGAUUUUAAACGUAUUCGUUGUGUAAAUGAAACUCAAGAGGCUAUUGGAAUGACUCUUGUUACUGUAAAGACAUUAGCAGACGAGAAAGAGACGGAUUCGCAUCGAUUGGCACAGCGUCAAAAGCAAAUUGAUUACGGUAAAAACACGAUCGGUUAUGAUCGUUAUUGUGCUCAAGUAUCCAAGCACCAACGUCGACGGGGAAAGCAUCCAAUGACACCAGAUAAAACCAUGCGUAUAGGUAAAAAGGGGUUUGAUGGGAUCGUACGUAAAUGGCGACAAGCAUUGCACAAAUAUGAUCCACCAGAGCUAGUAGAAGGUACUAAAGCAAUGAUAUCCAAUGAGUUCAUUCCAGUGAAUGCAAUGACAAAGACUCUUGAUGUUGAUGCAAUAACAGUAAAGUCAGAGGAAGAGGCAAUCUCAAUUGCCGAUUGUGAAGGGAAGAAUUCGAUACUGUUAGAAAGUAAGAUUCCUUCAUCUAGUCGAUCAAUUUACGAGAACUUUGAUGAAGAUGAUUAUGACAAGGACGACUCGGACGAUGACUUGUUGUAG